AUGAACAGCAACCAGAGCCACCAAGUCCAGUCCGGCGGCGCGCCAUACACCAGUGAAAUGGAGGAACGUCACCGCGUCAUGCAGCAACAGCACGACGAUAUUAUGAGACGGGACCAGGAGCGCGAGAGAGAGCGCGAGCGGGAUCGCGAAGCCGCCGACCGGUUCCAGUCCGCACACCAGAGCAGUGCCGGUUCGAUUCCCAUACACCAACCCGUUGCGUCGCGCAUCCCUGGCGCGAUACACAGUCCGGGCGGCUUGCUGGCGAACCAUAACGGCAACACAUCUGCUAUGCCGCUUGGCGGUUCCUCAGGCCCGAUGCAAAACUACGGCGGCCCACCGCCACCGAAUGACCACUCGCGUCCUCUCCAGCACGGCGGGCCAGGUGCGAGCGGUCAGCAUCCAGGUUACGGAUCGAUGGCUCACGGACAGCCCGCCCAGGGCGGCCCGCCGCCGCCGCCACCUGGUACCGGAUCAGUCUUUGGUGGCCCUUUGCAACAGCAGCCACAGCCACCGCAAGACGCCCAGCGACCAGGCCAGCAGGGCGCGCCCAUGGUCAAUGUACCACCACCAGGUGGCUCUCAGAUUCCAGGCGGCAUCACGCAAGGCCAGCAACCCAUUCUUAAUGAUGCUUUGACGUACCUGGACCAGGUCAAAGUUCAAUUCCAUGAUCAGCCCGAUGUUUAUAACCGCUUUCUCGACAUUAUGAAGGACUUCAAGUCUCAGGCUAUCGAUACACCCGGCGUUAUCAACCGAGUUUCCGAGCUGUUUGCAGGCCACCCCAACCUAAUUCAAGGCUUCAACACAUUUUUACCCCCGGGAUACAGAAUCGAGUGCGGCGCUGGUAACGAUCCCAAUACAAUCAGAGUCACUACACCCAUGGGUACAACUAUCCAAAGUAUCGCAGGACGGGGUGGUCCUCCCGAUAGCCAUGGCCCUAGCCAGUCCAUCUUUCCCGAGCGUGGUGGUCAAUGGCCCCAGAGGUCACCCGAAGCCAAUUUCAGCGCGCCGGCUCAGAACGGUGGAAGCCUGUUCGUACAGGCAGCCGCCCAGAGCGGCGGAUAUGAGGUCGCAGGACACCGCGCUGGCUCUCAAGCUCCUGGGCCUGCUGGUCCGAAUGCCGCUACUGGGCGUAGCACGCCUGGCCCAGCUAGUCUCAAUGGUUCUGCAGCAGCCCAAGCAGGUAUGGAGCGACGCGGCCCCGUCGAGUUCAACCACGCUAUCAGCUACGUCAACAAGAUCAAAAACCGAUUCCAGGACAAGCCGGAAAUAUAUAAGCAGUUCUUGGAGAUUCUGCAAACAUACCAGCGGGAGCAAAAACCGAUCCAAGAUGUCUAUGCGCAAGUUACCACAUUGUUCAAUGCUGCGCCUGACUUGCUGGAAGACUUUAAGCAGUUCCUCCCAGAGACUGCCGGACAAGCAAAGGCGGCCGCCGCCAGAGCCGAAGAUGUUCUGGCUGGCGGCGCUGGUCAGCAGCCUGGUGCCAGAGACGGACAGAAGAUGCCUCCACUAGGAAGCUUUGCGCCUCCAGCUAGCGCUAGCAAGGAUAAAAAACGCGCGAGAAACGACAAAUCGGCUGCUGGAGGAGUUCCUUUGCUCGCCGAGGUGACCUCCCAGCCUCGUCUGCAAGCUGCUGCUGUCAAUGGCAAACGACCAAGAUUAAGCCACGCUCGCGGCGCUGCGGAUGGGUCGUCGAUUGAGCCCACCUUGACGCCAGUUAUGCCCGAGCCAUACCCUCCUCGAACUUCCACUACAACUAGCAUGGAAGAAAUAGCCUUUUUUGAAAAGGUCAAGAAAUAUCUCAGCAAUCGAUCUUCCAUGAACGAGUUCUUGAAGCUCUGCAAUCUCUUCAGUCAAAACGUUAUUGACAGAAACACACUCUUCCACAAGGGUGCAGUCUUUAUCAACUCGAAUCCCGACUUGAUGGCUUUCUGGAAAGCGUUUGUGGGCUUUGAUACCCAAGAUGUUAUGAUCGAUAAUCGUCCUGCUGCUCCUACCGAUAAAAUUUCACUGAGCAACUGCCGAGGAUACGGUCCAAGCUACAGACUCUUGCCUAAGAGGGAGCGCCUCAAGCCCUGCAGCGGCCGUGAUGAGCUCUGCAACUCGGUUCUCAAUGACCAGUGGGCUUCGCACCCGACCUGGGCCAGUGAAGACUCUGGAUUCGUCGCCCAUCGUAAGAACUUGUUCGAAGAAGGUCUUCAUCGCAUUGAAGAAGAGCGCCACGACUAUGAUUUCUACAUUGAGGCCAACCUCAAGUGUAUCCAACUCCUGGAGCCAAUCGCCCAGCAGAUGCUGGCCAUGACACCGUCCGAAAGAGAGUCUUUCCACAUGCCUGGCGCACUUGUCGGACAGAGUACAUCGAUUUUCAAGCGUAUCUGUAAGAAGAUCUAUGGAGAGCGCGGAAUCGAUGUGGUCAACGACAUGUACAGCCACCCUUUUGACGUUGUUCCUGUCUUGCUGGCCAGAAUGAAGCAAAAGGAUGAGGAGUGGCGCUUCUCACAGCGAGAAUGGGAGAAGGUUUGGCAUGCGCAGACCGAGAACAUGCAUCUCAAGAGUCUUGAUCACAUGGGCAUUUCGGUCAAGGCAACAGACAAACGCAAUUUGACCGCAAAGCACUUGGUCGAUGUCAUUAAGACGAAGCAUGAAGAGCAGCGCCGCGAGCGAGCACUCAAGGGCAAAGCUCCGCGCCACCAAUUCGCCUGGAACUUUUCUGACAAGGAUGCCAUUAUGGACCUUCUCCGUCUGAUGAUGCUCUACAGCAUGCACAAUGGCCAGCACAGCACGCAAGAAAAAGAAAGGAUUUUGGAGUUUUUCGAAAUGUUCAUCCCGGCCUUCUUCGACCUUCCUGACGACGUGGUUCAGGAGCGAGUACCCAGGAUGCAGCCUGACUCUGGCGAGGAGGAAAUCGAAGACAAUACACCCGCUGAGCUGACAAACGGCCGCAGCCGAAGGAACGGAAAGAAGGGCGAUUUGCUUAGAGGGGUCCUCGAUCCGGGCCGUAUCGGCAGCAAACCCCGGAAUCAUAAGGAGGAUAGCACAUCGGGGAGCAAAGAGACCACGCCCGAUGUCACCCCGACGAAUGAGGAGGAAAUGGCCGACGUGCCCGAUGAGGCGCCUACUCCUGACAUGUCCAACGAGCGCUGGAUGCCCAGUGUGCCUAAGCCUGUGGUGACUGGUUCUGACAGCGGCCUGUUGGACGGCGACGGCGAGCUCAAGGCUGAUGGGUUCUUUAGCCGGCCCUGGUACAACUUCUUCUGCAAUCAGACGCUGUUUGUAUUCUUCAGCAUAUUUCAUCAACUAUAUGAGCGUCUUCAAGAUAUCAAGGGCAGCUCCGAGAGGGUUUCUAAAGAAAUCGCCCGACUGAGCCGACCCAAACCUGCUGGGGACAUUGGUUUUACCGAGAACCGCAUGACUUUUUUUGAUGCCAACGAAGCGCCUGAAGCAUUCUGGCCCAAAACCAUGGAGCUCAUCGAGGACUACAUCACCGGCGACGUCGACGAGAACCGUUUUCAGGAUGUUAUGAGGCACUACUACCUCCGCAAUGGCUGGAAACUGUACACUAUCCAGGAUCUUCUUAAGACUCUGUGCCGACUUGCUCUCACUUGCAGCAGCACCGACGUCAAGGAGAAGACGCCUGACCUCAUUCAGCAAUAUCUCAACAGCCGGGACAAGGAGGAGACGAGCUACCAGACUGAGAUUAGCGCCAGGAAGUUUGCAGAAAAGUGUGUCAAGGACGGCGAUAUUUUCGUCGUUUGCUGGUUUCCCCAGAGAUCAGAGGCCACUAUUCGCUGGCUGCAGCGUGACGAGACGACGUUUUACAUGGACGAGAUGAAGCUUCGCGAGCGAUGGCAAUACUACAUUUCAUCCUUUAUUCGCGUCGAGCCAACAGAAGGCAUCCCCCGCUCGAGGCUACAAAAGACAGUGCUCACGAGGAACCUGCCUUCGGGCGAUGCCGAGUCUGACGGAGAGAGCAUUCCCAAGCCUCUAGCAUAUGACGAAAACUUGACCAUUUCCAUCUGCCUGACGAGCUCUAAGAUGGUUUGGGCGCCGGGGACCUCUGAGUAUUUCAUCUACGACAACGUGCCCAAGACCAAGGAGCAGCGCGAGCGCCGCGAAAAAUUCACAGCGGCCCUGAGCCGCCACCGCGAGAGCAAGCUCUUGGAGAAGAUGGUGCACAACCCCCCGUGGACCAAGGAUAUGAGCCCGGAGGAGGUACAGGAGCAAAAUAAGAAUUUUGUCAAGUGGGUGGACGAGGGCAUUGCGCCUCCGUACGCGGGGGAAGACAUCGAGAUGCAAUAG